AUGACAAGCCGGAAUAUUAUACAGGUUUUCGAUCAGUACCAGAGAGCCAGGUUGGCUUUCGUGCAAUCCCUUGCUGAUCUAGCGUUGAAGCCCCAGAAUACCAUACUGCUAGAGAAGACGGGAGUAUUAGAAUUAGUUAGGCCGCUCUUGUGCGAUCCGAGCCCGCAAGUCGUUCAGUGCGCUGCUCUGGCACUUGGAAGAUUAGUGCACCACGAGGCAACCAUCGCAGUUCAGGUCAUAAACAAGAAUAUCAUACCCGUUUUGCUUACUUCUCUGUAUGAAGGAACCAAAUACCAAAAGCAGUCCAUUCUGUUCGUGCUGCGGUCCAUAUGCAAACACAACGUGGACUGCGCAAACGCCGUCAUAGCCGCCGGCGGUCUCCAGGCGUUCAUCGCGUGCCUGGAAGACUUCGAAGCAAGCAUAAAGGAAGCGGCGGCAUGGGGCAUCGGGUACAUCGCCAGACAGAACAGGAGCCUGGCCCAGACCUGCGCGGACGCGGGCGCCGUACCGCUGCUGAUGCUGUGCCUCCACGAGCCGGAGGUGUCCCUGAAGCACAUCGCCACCAGCGCCAUCUCCGACGUGGCGAAGCACAGCGAGGGGCUGGCGCAGAACGUGGUGGACACCGGCGUCGUGCACUACCUGGUGAAGAACCUCAACAACACGGACGAGAAGCUCAAGAGGCAGAUACUCACUGCCCUUAGUUCCUGUGCCAAACACAAUUCUGAACUAGCUGAGGUCGUGGUAGAAGCCGAGAUAUUCCCCAGCGUGCUAUUGCACCUAGCCCAUCCGUGUCCAAUGGUAAGAUGCAACGCCGCCCGCCUGGUCAGGGACAUAGUGAAGCACUCACUGGAGCUGACGCAGCUGGUGGUGAACACCGGAGGCAUCGGCGCCCUGAUGGAGACGCUCUACCAAAACAAGGACGACACUGCGACAAAGAUAGCCGUCGUCACGGCUCUGGGAUACAUUUCAGGUCACUCGGAGCAGCUCGCCAUAUCGGUCAUCGGCUGCAAGGCCAUCGUCAUGCUGGCCCAGAUCCUGGAAGAGUCGCAGGAGGACGCCCUCCUCUCGGUGGCGGCGUGGACAGUCGGGCAGAUCGGCAAACACACCCCCGAGCACGCGCAGGGCGUCGCUGCAGCCAACCUCCUGCCCAGGCUGUUGGCCCUCUACCUCAACAAAGACUCCUCGGAGGACCUGAAGACCAAGUGCAAGACCACGCUGAAGAUGUGCCUGCAAAAAUGUUUGCUGAUAUCGGCUUUGGAGCCUCUGUUAUACGACGCGCCCUCGAACAUCCUGAAGUACGUCCUGGGGCAGUACAGCAAGGUGUUGCCGCAAGACCCGAAAGCCCGCCGCCUCUUCGUGACCAGCGGCAGUCUGAAGAAGGUUCAGGAGAUGGACGCCAAGCCGGGCACCACGCUGUUCGAAUACAUCAGCGUCAUCAACUCCUGCUUCCCAGAGGAAAUAGUGCGGUUCUACUCUCCAGGUUACCCUGAAAGCCUGUUGGAGAAGAUAGAGCAGUACACCCCGCAGAUGAUGACGGUCCUGAGAGAGACGAAGGUGGAGGACGAUCACAUGCAGACGGACACGGAGGAAGAGACGUCCAGCGAUGAGGGCAACGACGCGCGCCAUUGAAAAACAGAGUUUUAUUUUUACGUAUUU